AUGGAUAUCAGCGACGACGUUAUCCCUGAGCUUCAGCCCAUCUUCACCUUCCUCAAUGGCCACGCCAACAAGCUGUAUCAAGAAGGAUACUUCUUGAAGCUCGAUGACCAGAAUACUCAGGGCCGACCGAACCCCGAUAGGACAUGGACGGAAUGCUUCGCGCAGCUUGUCGGUACGGUGCUGUCCUAUUGGGACGCCGCCGAACUUGAUGCAGCUGGCGAUGAUGGCGAAGUUUUACCCAAGUUCAUCAACCUUACCGACGCUUCGAUCAAGAUGAUUGAAUCUCUGCCUACACGAUCGAAUGACGAGCAGCCUCUCCAAAAUAUCCUGAGCAUCUCGACAGCGGGUCGGAACCGAUACCUUCUCCACUUCAACUCCUACGAUACACUCAUCCAAUGGACCGGCGGCAUCCGAUUAGCAAUGUUCGAGCUUGCUUCCCUGCAAGAAGCUUAUACCGGUGCUCUCAUCGCCGGAAAGGGAAAGUCUCUCAACAACAUCAACAUCAUUAUGGAGAGAAUGAGGUUUAAGAACGAGGCUUGGGUUAGGGUGCGGUUCGGUGCUGGUGUCCCGUGGAGGCGUUGCUGGUGCGUAAUCACACCCCCCGACGAGAAGGAAUAUCAGAAGCUCCAGAAGGAGCUUAAGAAGCGAUCGCCCUACGACCGGUCUCACGUUCCCAUUCUCAAGGGUGACAUCAAAUUCUACGAUAAUAAGAAGGAGGGCAAACGGCAAAAGAAAGCGCGCCCGAUCGCCACCAUUACCGACGCUUAUUCCGCCUAUGCCAUCUACCCCCAGGCCAAGUCUCUGAUUGAUGCGUCGACCCUCCUAAAGAUCGAAGGGAACAUCACUAUUCACACCGAUCCGCCGUCUUCCACGGAAGGGUUUGUUUUCAUCAUGCCUGAAGCCCACCCUGCUGUAAGCGGAUUUGAAAUGCUUCUUCGGUUCCUAUUUCCCGCCUGGGACACCUUUGGCCUCUAUGGCCGUCCUGGAAGAUUAGUCGCUAGUACUCUGGACCCGAGAUCUCUUAUGUUCGCGAUGCCUAAACAUCGACGAUAUGGCUAUCUAGACGUUUUGGACGUCUCUCAGCUCAUUGCGAUAGACGGCAGCCGAGCCUGGACCGAAAGGGAAUGGAGGAAGCGAUUAAAAGACCUGACUGGCCAGAGAAUGAAUGAGUGGGACGAGAGCGAGAAGACGCACAACCGGAACAGCAGUCGUAGGAGUAACCGGCUAAGCUUUGGUAUGGGUGCCAACGGGGACUCCCCCCCCAAGCCACGAGCCGUCGGGUUCGCGGACGAUGCUGCUUCCGUCCGCUCCGCCGGUUCAUUCUCCCCCAACCAAUACCCACCGCCCCAUGGCGGUCCGAUGAUACCUUCUGAUUUCGAAGUCCCCUUCGGCCACCAUGCUCGCAACUCAUCCGACCCCCAACCAGGGUCCGGAGCUGCUUUUGCGCCUCCUGUCAUGAGCAUGCCAUUCAGCAACAAUUCGACAGGUCAUGUCCUGCAAAACUCUAGAGUGGAUGGUGCCCAUUAUGACCAGUCAGUAAUGUCGCGCGAUACCACUUCCAGCUCAGAUGAUGACCAUGGAUCGCGAAACACGCCGGUCCGAGAAUUGGAGGGCAUGAGGCAGAUGAACACUCCUGAGCCCGUCUCUCAACCCCCUGCCUUGAAUCAUGGACCCAAUGCUCGGCCCGCAGGUGGAAAGCCGUUCCACUCACCGGAGCAGCGCAGGGCCAAUAGCCGGCUGUCCAACACGACUCUAUCGCAGCUGGUCAAGGCUGGUGGCCUAGACUAUGCUUCUGAGAAGAGUCUUCAAGACGGCCCCUUCCGAGGGAACGGCGAAGGCAUUGCCGAGCAUAGACAACUGGUACAUUCCAACAUCAACCCCGUCGUCGAUCCUGCUAACCAAGACCGGUCUCGUGAAGCUAUGAUUUCUUCCCCCAUGUCACCCCCUGGUGCGAACCUCGACUCCAACCGACCCCAGCCCCCACCACAUAUGAUUCCCCCGUAUCAGGAACCCCGUCGCAGCACCGAGUCCUAUGAUGAUGGCAGAUCUAACCCCCCUGGUCGCUUCGGCCCUGGUGGUAACUUUGAAUCAAAUCCGCCUCCAAACGCCCCUCCACUUGAGCCGCCAAUGCAACGACCGUACGCCGGCCAUUACCGCCCGAGCACACCACCGACUCGAGAUCCUGCUGGGCGGUCCGGGCCCCCACAAGGCCGCUCUGGGCUUCAUAACGAGAUGGUCCCCCCCAUCAACACCUCGCCCCCUUUCCACCGAAAGCCUGUCCCCGAUAGGGUCGAAGCCGUCCAUGCCGAAACAAACGUGUCACCGCAAUCAGCUUCGAGUUCCGAGAGCUUUAGGGGCAACAUGAUCGAUCCCGCUAUCCUAGAUCAGAUCCGUACGCAGGAUGUUGCGGAUGAGAACUCGCCGCGUCUUCAACAGGGCCCCUACCAUCAGGACAGCUUCCGUAGUGAGGACUCCAGCAGUCAUUACACCGGAACCCGCGCGCACAACACGCCUCAGAUUCCGUCGGGCAACUUGCCGUUUCGAGGACCACCGACGAAUGUCCAACGCCAAAACAGCUCCAAGAGCAGCCAAUAUAGCGAUGCCGACUCCACCACGAGCCCCGAUUAUGCGAGCACCCGCAAGUCCAGCGAAACGGCAGCUUCUGUCGAGCGACCGCGCGCUGGUGUUCUGAGGACUGUGGGUGGCGGUGACGCCCCACCAAUGCCGACAGGGGGCGAUGAAUACGAUAUUCCCAGCAUCGACUUCGGUCCGACGGUGGGAUAUGAUAUGCAGCGCAGGAAAGCCGCAGCGGAAUCGCCACCGCCCCAGCAGCAGCGUCCGCCGUUUGCUCAUAUCCACCGAAAGUCACCAUCUGGCGAGAGAGGCCAUAGCCGUCAAGAAUCGAACGACACGAUUCGCCGGUCGGUCGUCUGGCAACCUGGUGCUGCCGUUGCAGGUAACAGUGGGCAGGGCCUGAGCGUUGAAGAGUUUGUUCAGCAGCGAGCGGCGGCGGCCGCUGCCCCUGUCAUCUCGCACGCGAGGACCCCGUCCGGUAACACUCUAGGUCCCGGACGGUCCGUUACGCCAACUCCGUCGAUGACGCGGACGAUAUCGGGCGACGUGCUGGCCCAGAGGCACUCUCGUGCCAGCUCCGCCGAUCUCCUUCAGCGUCCGGGCUCUCGAGGAGCGGGAGCAACGCUGGGGUUCGGAAGUGCCGGAGAGAUGCCGUCCAACUUGUCUGCCAGGGAGCUCGAGCACGUUGCUCGUGUUACAGGAUCGCCUCUGAUCAGUAUGGCGGGAAAUAAGCCGACGCAGCAAGGCACGGGAUUAGUCGGCGCGAUUGAAGCCCGAGAACGCGAGAGGCAGCAGAUUAAGCACGGCGUCAACAGCCAAGCAGUACAACACGCGAUUAACCAGCGCCAGCAGCAACAGCAACAACAGCGAUAUCAGCAACAAAGCGUGAAUAUCCCACCCCCCCAGGGCAUGUACCAAGGCAUGGGCUUUGGCCCGUCCCCUCAACAAGCGUGGCAACCUCAGUUCCAGCAGCAGCCCUACGUCUAUGGCGGUGGUCCGGGAAAUAUGGGUCCUCCCAUGAUGGCUGGGCCAUUCCCACCUCAAGGGGUAGGAGGAUACUCCAGGCCGCCGGGGCCGAGGGUUCCUACCGGGCGCCAAUCGCCCGCACCGCUUGAUCCUAGGAUGAUGGGUCCUCCCCCAGGACCAUAUGGUGGCGGUGCGCCAGCACAGCAAGGAGGCCGCGGAUAUAUGUAUCAGGGGCAAGCAUUCUAA